AAUCCUCUCUUCACUUCAUUGACGUUUACUGUGAACAGUCAGUUGCACUUCAAGCAUUGUAAUGGAAUGGUGCAUGCAUCCGACUCAGAAGCAAAUUUGGGAAAACCAGUCAAGCUAGAAAUGGCAUCUAAGCGUCCAUUUCCCUUCGAGAAUGGCAGCGGUAAGGAGCACAAGAAAAGAAACAUAGAUUCUUCGUCCCAUAACAAAAUCUCCAAAUUAUUGGGUGCAUUAGAAGAACUUCUUGGGGAAGACGAUGUGGGCGAAGUUGAGGCCUUGAUGGGUGGUGCAGCAUUUUCAGGAGCAAACGAACUUCGUAAUACAUUACGAGACCAAGUGCAGUCAUACUUGAAUAAUACCAGCCAUAGUGGUUCUCGGGACUUUAAGGUUGAAAGUUCAUCUCAAGAACCUGUCAUUGGAAACCCGGGGAAAAUAUUAACAGCUCUACAAAUUACACCAUGGACUUUGUCGUCCAUUCCAUCAAAACUUCCACCCCUUCCAGAAGUGUAUGAUCCUACUCUUGAGCUGGCUUCCUUCACUCACCAUGGUCGUACUAAUGGUAGCGUUGCUGAUUUGAGUUAUGAACGCUUAGAAUGGGUAGGAGAUGCAUAUAUCUACACCAUUUCUACCCUUCUCAUAUCACAGACAUUCCCUGCCUUACUGCCCGGAAAAUGCUCCCAACUUCGUGAAAGACUCGUCAAGAAUGUCACUUUGGCUGAUUUCGCACGAAAAUACGGUUUCGAAAAGCGCGCGAAAUUGCCAGAAGAUACUCUCCAUCCUAUGAAAGAACCGGAAAAAGUCAAAGCAAUGGGAGAUAUUUUUGAGGCGUAUGUCGCAGCUAUCGUGCUCUCAGAUCCGAAAAAUGGAGUUUCCCGUGCAUCAGAAUGGCUGAAAAGUCUUUGGGCCAUGGUAUUGUCGAAAGAAAUCCAACAAGAAGAGCGGAAUGAGGAUAAAUUGGAUAGCCCCUUAUGGAGAUUAAGAGGAAAUGUUGACCAAGUCCAGACAAAAACUAAAAGCGUACUUAAUCCCAAAGAGAAAUUACAAAAGGCCCUCAGUUCGAAAGUCAGUAAAUUGACGUAUAAGGAUAUUGGAACAGCCAAGAAGGACAAGAAUACUAAACUCGCAGUGUUUACAGUGGGCGUUUUUCUUGAUGGAUGGGGUGAAGUUGACAAGCAGAUUGGGUUUGGAAGUGCAAAUGGCAAGAAAGAGGCUGGCUUCAAAGCCGCAGAGAUGGCGUUGAAUAACAAGAAGAUGAUGGCCAAGUACUUGGAGAAGAAGAAGAUCUACGAUACACAACAGGAAAGAGAAAGAAUUGCGCUUCAAAAACAAGAAGAAAGUUGA